AUGGAAUCUUCCAAUAGGAGCGAUAAGAAGCUUACGCCCAUUCAGGAAUUUUAUGAUGGUCAAAAUAUAUUCAUAACCGGUGGGACAGGAUUUAUGGGAAAGUUAUUAAUCGAGAAAUUGUUAAGAAGUUGCCCCACCAUAAAGUGCAUUUAUAUUUUGAUACGUCCAAAAAAAGGAAAAGAUGUAUUUCAACGCCAAAACGAACUGUUCGAAGAUACGGUAUUUUCCAAAGUGAGAGUAGAACAACCAAAAUUCAGAGAUAAAAUAGUCUGCAUUCAGGGCGAUUGUGGUUUGCCAAAUCUCGGUAUCACAACUCUGGAUGAAACUAUUCUUAUAAAAGAGAUUUCCAUUGUUUUUCAUGUUGCCGCGACAGUAAGAUUUAACGAGAAAAUAAAAUCUGCAACAUAUACUAACGUACGAGGUGUGAAAGAUAUGAUAAGCCUCUCAAAGCAAAUGCCGAAUUUAAAGAGUUUCACUCAUGUAUCCUCGGUCUAUUCCCAAUGUAUCCACAACAUGAUCGAGGAAAGAUUUUAUGAUCCGCCGAUGGACGACAGCAAGUUGAUCAAUUUAGUCGACAAUAUGAAUGAAAARUUACUGGAUGAUAUUACACCAAACUUACUUGGAUCAUGGCCAAAUACUUACGUCUACACUAAAUCAGUCGCUGAGAAUAUAAUUAAGAAACAGGCAGGCUUGAUACCGAUUGGAAUAUUCCGUCCAGGAAUUGUGAUAUCGACGUAUCGAGAACCUGUUCCAGGAUGGGUUGAUAAUUUAAACGGUCCAAUGGGAAUUUUCGCCGGUGCUGCAAAAGGUUUAAUCAGAUCUCAUCAUUGYGAUGGAUCCGUAAAAGUAUGCAUAGUACCUGGAGAUUUGACGACUAAUGCGCUAAUCGUUAGCGCUUGGGACAUCGCAAGCAAUCGGAAAUCCAAAGAUGACAUUCCUAUUUACAAUUAUGUCUCUAAUGAAAAUUCUAUAACUUAUGAGGAAAUGACAAAAAUGACGUUUAAAUACGGACUAUUAACACCGCUUAUAAAUGCAGUCUGGUACUGCAGUUUUCGCCCUACAAAAUAUCGGCAGCUCCAUCUUUUCUACGUAUAUUUUCUACAUUUACUACCAGCAUUUUUACUGGAUACUAUGUUGUUGUGUGUGGCUAAAAAGCCAAGGAUUUUUAAAAUGUAUGUUAAAUUGCACAAAAUGCUCGACGCACUAAGCUAUUUUUCUUUAAUUGAAUGGAAAUUUACGAAUGAGAGAUGGAUCGAAGUACUAAGAAAGUUAGAAUACGAAGAUCGAGAAUUGUUCUACUGCGAUGUGAAAGACGUUGUUUGGGACACUUAUUUUAAAACUUUUCUCUUAGGUAUAAGAUUAUAUGCCUUGAAAGAUCCCAUUGAAACUCUCCCACAAGCUCUUCAACAAAUUCGAAGGCUUUACUGGAUCCAUCAAUUAUUUAAACUUGUUAUUGCCGGUAUUUUUCUGAUGAUCACAUGGAUUUUGAUUUCUAAACUACUUGUAACUUUCGAGUAUGCUUAAAAACAUGAAGUUGAUCUUAGACACGGAAGAAAAAGCGAUAUUUAUGAAUUUUAUUCAUCAAAGUUUUAAUUAAGCACUUUUAUCUAUUUUAUGAAUCUUUAAUAAUAAAUACUACAGUCUUAAGUUUUACAACGAAACAGAAACAUGUUUUAAAUUAGAUGGAAAAACUUAUGCAUGUGCAUGUAUAUAAGAACUUAAAUAUAAAUUUUAAUAAAACAAUUUGUGCUUUGCUAGUAACUCAAA